AUGCCAACGAUGUCGGACUUCAAGGACACCGCCGUCGCUCAGACUACAACCAGUCAAGCCAAUAGCCAGAAGGGUACGCAGCCUGACAAAGCUCACUACGACGCCACCCAUCCAACGAAAGACGACGUCUACAUCGGAUCUGGCUCAGCCUCUACUACCACCGAUGAAGAUGGCGCUGAUUUCAAGAAGAACCCAUUCUUGGAUCCGGAUGUAGCUGAGCAUUGGGCCACUGUCUAUGAGAAGUCUCAAUAUGAGUGUCGAGGGGCAUUUGAUCCUACAUUUACGUGGACGGAUGAGGAGGAACGAAAGCUUGUUCGUCGCUUGGACUGGAGAGUCUGUCUCUGGGCAUGCGUGAUGUUCUUUGGUCUGCAAGUUGAUCGUGGGAACCUUGUUCAGGCUGUCUCGGAUAACAUGCUCAAUGACUUGAACUUGACCACGAAUGACUACAAUUUUGGCAAUGUCAUUUUCCUGUUCUCGUUCCUGCUUGCAGAGCUACCGUCACAACUGGUUUCGAAGAAGAUAGGUCCCGAUCGAUGGAUUCCGAUGCAAAUCACGCUUUGGUCUAUUGUUGCCAUGUCUCAAAGUGCUCUUUCUGGAAAAAGGAGUUUCUAUGCCACACGUAGUAUCUUGGGUCUCUUAGAGGGUGGGUUUAUUCCGGAUAUCGUGCUCUGGCUGUCAUACUUCUACACCUCAAGAGAAUUGCCGACCCGUCUCAGUUUCUUUUGGACAACCCUUUCCACGACCACAAUCAUUACCUCCAUUUUGGCAUUUGCUUUGCUCCAUAUGCGUGGUGUAGCUGGCUGGGCGGGAUGGAGAUGGCUUUUCCUCAUCGAAGGAGGAAUCACUUUACUCGUUGGCUUGUCCUCCUUCUUCAUGAUGCCAGCAUCUGCCGUCCAAACCAAAGCAUGGUACAGACCAAAGGGAUGGUUCACAGAUCGUGAGGUCAAGAUCGUCGUCAAUCGUAUUCUUCGCGACGACCCCUCCAAAGGCGACAUGCACAACCGUCAAGCCAUUACGCCACGCAGACUCUGGAACGCAGCUCGUGAUUACGAUCUCUGGCCGUUGUAUGCCAUUGGACUUAUCGCAUACAUUCCUCAAGCACCAACAGCUACGUACAUCACCUUGACGCUGAAGUCCCUUGGUUUCUCCACCUUCAAUACCAAUCUCUUGACGAUCCCAUACUCCGUCUUCCACAUCAUAACUCUCCUUUUGAUCACACAGCUCUCGGAGCGCACAAAUGAGCGUACUCUAGUCGCCAUGCUCCAACCAAUCUGGACACUACCCUGUAUUAUCGCUCUUCGUUUCUGGCCCGGAGCACUGAAAGAAGCCUGGGGAACUUACGCGCUCGUCACCGUCCUCCUCUCAUACCCCUACUGCCACGCCAUCCUCGUCGGCUGGACAUCCAAGAACUCCAAUAACGUCGGUACGCGCUCCGUCUCAGCAGCGUUCUACAACAUGGCCGUUCAGCUCGGCAACAUCUGCUCCAAUUUCAUCUAUCGCCAAGACGACAAGCCUUUGUACCAUCGUGGAAACACGAACUUGUUGAUCAUCAACUUUUUGAGUAUUGGGAUCUUCUUGGCUACGAAGGUGUAUUAUGUGUAUAGAAAUAAGCAGAGGGAUCGUGUGUGGAAUGCGAUGAGCGCGGAUGAACAGAGGGAUUACAAGCGCAAUACGACUCUUUCAGGGUCGAGGAGGUUGGAUUUCAGAUUUGCUCAUUGA